AUGGCAUCGGUCACAGAGAUUGGCAUGCCCAUGGUCGGCUUGGGAUGCUGGAAAGCUCAGAAGAUUGAAGAGGUGGUGUACAAUGCCAUCAAGGUUGGAUAUCGACACAUCGACAGUGCGGCCGCGUAUGGCAACGAGAAGGAGGUAGGCGCUGGAAUUCGACGGGCCAUCCAAGAGGGCUUGUGCACUCGAGGCGACCUCUGGGUUACCUCGAAGUUGUGGAACACCUACCACAGACGGGAGCAUGUGCCAAUGGCAUGCCAGCGGACACUGGAUGACCUGGGAUUAGAUUUCGUGGACCUCUACCUCAUCCACCAACCUAUUGCAUUGGCGUAUGUGCCUUUCGAUGCAUACUACCCGCCAAAGUGGACGGACCAACCAGGGAAUGCUGGCAAAAUCAUUCUGGAUCGUGUGCCUUAUCGCGAAACCUGGGAAGCAAUGGAAGCCUUGCAGGAAGUCGGCAAAGCAAAACACAUCGGUGUGAGCAACGUGAACGUGCAGUUGCUCAUGGACUUGCUCUCCUAUUGCAAGAUCAAGCCAGCCGUCAACCAGAUUGAGAGCCACGUCUACCUGCAACAGCCUGGACUGGUAGCUUUCUGCCAGGCGCACGGAAUCUGUGUGACCGCUUAUUCGCCAUUGGGAGCGAAGUCCUACUUGGGCAUUGGGCUGGCAUCUGCUGAAGACGAUUGUUUCCUCGAGCCACUUUUGACGUCCAUUGCAGAGAAGCACAGCAAGACUGUCGGACAAGUUGUGCUACGUUUUCAACUCCAGCGAGGAUGCUCUAUCAUACCAAAAAGCCAGAAUGUAGACCGACUGAAAGAGAAUCUCGAUGUAUUCGGUUUCGAGCUGUCAGCAGAGGAGAUGGAAGCCAUAAAAGGGCUGGAGCGCAAUCGGCGUUUUAGCGACCCUGCCGAAUAUACACGCGCAUGGGGUGCCCCAGGCUCUGCGAUUGCCUUGGCUGGCUUACCGAUUUUCUCCUGA